AUGGCGGGUGGUGGAGCUCCAGCACCCAAGGCGGAUGAGCCUCAACCACAUCCUCCUAAGGAUCAGCUUCCAAACAUCUCCUACUGCAUCACUAGCCCCCCUCCGUGGCCUGAAGCGAUUCUUCUGGGAUUUCAGCAUUACCUCGUCAUGCUCGGCACAACUGUGCUCAUACCCACUGCGCUUGUUCCUCAGAUGGGAGGUGGUUAUGAAGAGAAGGCAAAGGUUAUCCAAACGAUUCUCUUCGUUGCCGGAAUCAACACAUUGCUUCAAACGCUUUUCGGGACUAGAUUGCCUGCUGUGAUUGGAGCAUCCUACACAUUUGUGCCAACAACGAUAUCCAUUAUCCUCUCUGGCAGAUUCAGUGAUACCUCAAACCCUAUAGAUCGCUUUGAAAGGAUAAUGCGAGCAACUCAAGGCGCCUUGAUUGUUGCUUCAACACUACAGAUGAUCCUCGGUUUCAGUGGCCUCUGGCGUAAUGUUGUUAGGUUCUUAAGUCCUAUUUCAGCUGUACCUCUUGUGGGUCUCGUUGGAUUUGGACUGUACGAGUUUGGUUUCCCAGGGGUUGCUAAGUGCAUUGAGAUUGGGCUGCCUGAGCUUCUUAUUCUAGUAUUCGUCUCACAGUACCUUCCUCAUGUGAUCAAAUCAGGCAAAAAUGUGUUUGACCGAUUUGCAGUCAUCUUCGCUGUUGUGAUUGUGUGGAUCUAUGCACAUCUGCUGACAGUAGGUGGUGCCUACAAUGGUGCAGCACCAACAACACAGACAAGCUGCCGGACUGAUCGUGCUGGCAUCAUUGGUGCUGCCCCAUGGAUAAGAGUUCCAUGGCCUUUUCAGUGGGGUGCCCCUUCGUUUGAUGCUGGAGAAGCUUUUGCAAUGAUGAUGGCUUCUUUUGUUGCUCUUGUUGAGUCAACCGGUGGUUUUAUCGCUGUCUCCAGAUACGCCAGUGCAACGAUGUUGCCUCCUUCGAUUCUCAGCCGUGGUAUCGGCUGGCAGGGAGUCUCAAUUCUGAUAUCGGGGUUGUUUGGUACUGGUGCCGGUUCCUCUGUCUCUAUCGAAAAUGCUGGACUUUUAGCCUUGACAAGAGUUGGUAGUCGAAGGGUUGUCCAGAUAGCUGCAGGAUUCAUGAUCUUCUUCUCUAUCCUCGGCAAGUUUGGAGCUGUGUUUGCGUCGAUCCCUGCACCCAUAAUUGCUGCUUUGUACUGUCUCUUCUUCGCCUACGUAGGAGCUGGAGGUUUGAGCUUUCUACAGUUCUGCAACCUGAACAGCUUCAGGACUAAAUUCAUCCUUGGCUUCUCUGUGUUCCUCGGCUUGUCUAUCCCUCAGUACUUCAAUGAGUACACAGCAAUCAAAGGGUAUGGUCCGGUCCACACAGGCGCUCGUUGGUUCAACGAUAUGGUGAAUGUCCCGUUCUCGUCGGAACCUUUUGUUGCUGGCUCCGUGGCCUUCUUCUUGGACAACACAUUGCACAAGAAAGACUCUUCGAUAAGGAAAGACAGAGGAAAGCAUUGGUGGGACAAGUUCAGAUCUUUCAAAGGUGACACGAGAAGUGAAGAAUUCUACUCUCUUCCUUUCAAUCUCAACAAGUACUUCCCAUCUGUCUGA